AUGACGGAACUUACUAGCAGCUGUUUGGAUAACGCCGCUACGAACGAAGAAGAGGGAACAAGCGAGUUAAAGAACUUCAUGUUUUACUAUUUAAGCUGUCGAUUCAUGUCUUUCUUUCUUUUUUUUUUUUUUUUUUUUCUUCAUGUCGUCAUCAUCCUCUAUCUGUCCCUUAUCAUCAUCAACAUCGUUACUCUUUUCUUAUCCUUUUCUUAUUCAAUUCUUUUUCUUCUGAUUAUUUUCACGUCUGAUUCCUCAUUUCUUCUUCGGCUCUUCUUUUUCUUCUUCAAUAUAUCCUCCUCUACCUACUUUUACUUUUUUUCUUCUUCUUCUUCUUCGGCUGCUACUGCUACUAUUUUGUCUUCGAUUCCAUUUCUUCGUCUUUUUCUUUUUUAUUCAUUUUUCUGCUUCAAUUCUUUUGCUUCUAAUUAUAUAUAUUUCAUCUUUUUCGUCUUCUUCACUUCUGUUUUAUUUUUUCUUCAAGUUUAUUCCUCCUUCUCCUCCUUCAAGUUUAUUCCUCCUUCUCCUCCUUCAAGUUUAUUCCUCCUUCUCCUCCUUCAAGUUUAUUCCUCCUUCUCCUCCUUCAAGUUUAUUCCUCCUUCUCCUCCUUUCAAGUUUAUUCCUCCUUCUCCUCCUUCAAGUUUAUUCCUCUUUCUCCUCCUUUCAAGUUUUUCCCUUUUUCUUCAAUGUUAUUUCUUCUUUUCCCCCAUUUCUAUAUAA